AUGACAGACAUUCCCUACAGAAUGGCGGAAGACUCAAAAUACCCCUACGCCACGGAGGAGGAUGAGGAUGACGAGGAGGAAGUCGGCGAGUCUGGCUACAAGACUGUCAAAGACGCAGUGCUCUUCGCCAUCGAUGUCAGUGAGAGUAUGCUCACAGUGCCAUCCGAUUCGGACCCAAAGAAGCUAGACACAGCACUGUCCCCAACGUUGGCAGCACUGAAAUGCGCCUACGCGUUGAUGCAGCAGCGCAUCAUUAGCAAUCCAAACGAUAUGAUGGGAAUCUUACUGUUCGGCACGAAAAAGAGCAAAUUUCGGGAAGGAGAAGACGAGGGUAACCGCGCUGGAUUGCAGUACCCGCACUGUUACCUACUAACAGAUCUGGAUGUUCCAGCAGCAGCAGACGUCAAACAGCUUCGUACCCUUGUAGAUGACGAGGAAGAAGCUGCCGACCUGUUGCAGGCCAGCAGUGAGGAGGAAGUCAGUAUGGCCAAUGUUUUAUUCUGCGCGAAUCAGAUCUUUACCACCAAAGCGCCAAACUUCUCAUCCCGACGAUUGUUCCUGGUGACAGACAACGACUACCCGCAUGCUUCGGAUAGAAAUGCGAGGAACAGUGCUGCUGUUCGUGCGAAGGAUAUGUACGAUCUUGGAGUCACUAUCGAGCUUUUCCCAAUAUCACAUCCGGAUCGGGACUACAUCUUUGACAGGAACAAGUUCUACAACGACAUUGUGUACUCUGCAACGCCAUCUGACCCGGACGCGCCUGCGCCACUAUCAGAUGACAUCAAAGCAGCGAGCAGUGUCGCAAAAGACGGGAUCAGUCUGCUGCAGUCGCUAAUCUCUUCCGUCAAUUCUCGUGCCGCUCCUCGCCGGGCAAUUUUCAGCAGUGUGCCUUUCGAAAUCGGGCCAGGGCUCAAGAUCAGCAUCAAGGGCUUCAUCUUGAUCAAGCGACAAGAGCCGAAGAGAACCACGUAUGUCUACCUGCCACCUGACAGUGACAAGGCGCAGAUCGCAGUCGGUAGCAGCACGCUGGUGGACGAGGACACAGCUCGCACGGUGGAGAAGGUUGAGAUCAGAAAGGCUUUCAAGUUCGGCGGAGAGACAAUCUCACUCACCGAGGAGGAACUUGCAGAGGUCAAGAAAUUUGGCGACACGGUACUUCGUAUCAUCGGCUUCAAGCCAAUGAGUCUGCUGCCAAUGUGGGCCAGCGUUGACAAAUGCACUUUCAUUUAUCCUUCGGAAGAUGGCUGGGUAGGGUCUACCCGAGUGUUCUCUGCCCUGCACCAAAAGCUUCUGCAAGAUGACAAGAUGGGACUCGCAUGGUACAUACCUCGCAAGAAUGCCGUGCCAAAACUGGUGGCGAUCAUCCCAGGCGUGGAAGAACGUAACGAAGAAGGCGAGCAGAAGAUGCCACCCGGGCUAUGGCUCAAACCACUCCCAUGGGCCGAUGACAUUCGAGAAGCACCGGAGACGAACCUAGUGAGAGCACCAGACAAAGUCGUGGAUGCCAUGCGCAUCAUCGUGGAACAGCUUCAGCUCCCCAAAGCAAUCUACGAUCCAUACAAGUACCCGAAUCCGUCACUGCAGUGGUUCUACCGCAUCCUGCAAGCGCUGGCGCUCGAGGAAGAUCUGCCGGAACAGCCCGACGAUAAAACACUACCGAAGUGGAAGCAGAUUCACAAGCGUGCUGGAGGCUAUGUGAUCGAAUGGGGCGGCGCUCUCGACGAAGCCUUCGAAGAGUGGCAGACCAACAACCAAAAGAGCAUCAAGCCCGCCACCAACGGAGGUUCGAAGCGCACGGCGCCGGCAUCGUCCGCGCCUAAGACGAAGAAAGUGAAAGAAGAAGACGAUGACGAAGGUGUCACAGAUGCGCAAAUGCGUGGUGCCUAUGAUGGAGACAAAAUUGGCAAGUUUAAGAAUGCUGAGCUGAAGGCAUGGCUGCAGUCCAAGAAUUUGCGGGCAGGAGCGAAGAAGCAGGAUAUGGUCGAUGCCGUUACGAGCUACUUUGAGACGAAGAUGGAGACCGACUAG